AUGGCUCCGGUGCCGGUCACAGAGGACUAUUAUAGAAUCCUGGAAGUCGACGAGGCUGCGUCAAUCGAAGUGAUAAUCAAAGCCUACAAAAGGUUGGCGCUCAAACUACACCCGGAUCGAAACCCCAAUAAAGGCGAUGCUACUAAAGCUUUCCAGCUACUCGGACAGGCCUACGAAACACUAAAGGACACUAGCAAACGCACAGAAUACGAUAGUCUCUAUUACUCCUCGAUCAAGCGGACGGGCUCUGGACAACAGCAUGCCCAGACCUCGCGAUCGCAGACCCGCGGUGAAGCUGCGCAGAUUGCCUCGUACGUGAAGGCCCAGCAAGAACGCAAAGAACGCUGGUUGGCGCAGGAUUCCGCACUAGACUCAGUAAUCUUCGAGCUACAAAGGAGCAUACGGCAACUGGAAUCCCAGAUUAAAUACUUGAACAGCAUCGCGGCAGCUGAGGCGGCGGCAGAAGCACAGAAGAACGGCUGGACAACAUGGCUGCUAUCCCCACUGUACAAGGCAAGGGUAGAAAGCGAGGAGGAAAAAGCACGCAAGGACAGGCAGAGACAGGAGCGGAGAGUCGAAAAGGACCUGAAAGAGCGGUGGCUGACGCAGAAACGAGAAGAGAUCGAUAAACAAAAGAAUCUACGGGACAAUCUGAAGAGGGAACUUGAUCGUGCAGACAGUGCAGACCAGGAGCGGAUCCGGGUGAUCCAGGAACGGAUUCGGCUGAGAGGGAACGCCGAGAGACAACGAAGGGAGAAUGCAGAAAGAGAAAGAGCGGCCAAAGCCCGAGAACAGGAACGGAAGAGACAGCGCGAGAGAGAACAGGAACUGAAGAGACAGCGCGAGAGAGAACAGGAGCUGUUUGACCGGUAUUUGAGAGAACUGCGACAAAGAGAAAAACAACGAAUGGAGGAACAUUUGGAAAGGGAACGGAAACAGCAAGAGGAGCGCGCCCGAGAAGCCGCAGCGCAGCAGGCAAGAGCACGCCGCGAGGCGCUAUCAUUCGCAUGGGAAGAUGCAUUAUCCGGUGACAGAACGCGCAAGAAUCUUUGCGACCAUGGGGGCUGGUGGCCAAAAGUUCACGGUCGUGCAGCAUGCCCAAGAUGUUACGAAACUUGGACGUAUCUAUUACAGUGUCCGGGCUGUGUUUUGAAGGCAUGCCCACGUUGUCAGAGUACGAUUCGGCCAAGAAGGCCGAAGCACGGAUACCAUCGGGGAAUGAGAAGUCCAAGUCAAAUACCAGAUUACUUUGACGUAUGGGAUUAGCUAUGAUACUAGGACAUGUAACGGUCUUCUUGGGAGUAGGUCGGUUCUUUAUUUCUUAUAGCAAGUAGACUCGUUAGAUGGUUCUAGG